UGUAGUUUUCUUUUUGCUACGCAUCCUCCGGUCGGUCACCAUUUUGGGAGUCAAAGCGGGCAGCGGCGGCCACCUCCUCGCCUCGCCGUGGCCUUACUAUGGUUCACACAUGUGUGGUGGCAGGUUGUAAGAACCGACGGACGCCCGGCACCAGACUGUCGUUCUACCGCUUCCCACGGGACCCAGAGAGGAAGCAGCGCUGGGUGGCUGCGGUGAACCGAGCGGGCUGGGUACCGAACGACGGCAGCCGGUUGUGUAGUACCCACUUCAUCUCAGGUAAACAAGUCAAGAAUCCACAUUCGCCCGAUUAUGUUCCUUCUGUGUUCACACCAGUUCCCUUCUUCCCAGACAUGAAGGAGCCAGGUGCCUUGGAGAUCCUGGACAAGCAGGAGGCACGGGUCGAAGCCGCCAAUGCUCUGUUGUUCCUCCAGGGCCAGGGCAGCUCUGCGGUGGACGGGUCGAGCCAAGGCCGGCGUCACAAACAGGAGGCGCCGGAGGCUGCUGUGGAAAAAAGCAGGCCUUCUUCCUUCAGCACCGAUGAAGACGAGGAGCACGACGAAGCCUCCGCGAAAGACAGGAAGAAAGGAAAGUUUGCCCAGAUGUCCGAAAUAUCCGUAAACUUCGACGACAUCUUGAAAGCGCUGAAGAAGGAGAACCGGGCGCUCAGGGAGUCUGUGGAGAAAAUGGCUUUGUCUGAGAACGCUUUUAGGAACGACGCGGAAAAGGUCAAGUUCUACACCGGUUUGCCCAACUACUUCGUCUUAGAGACCGUGAUGUGGCUGCUGGCGCCGCACAUGGACGGGAUGAAAAACACGAAGCUGUCAAAGUUCCAGCAGCUCCUGCUGACCCUCAUGCGCCUGCGGCUGGACCUCCGCAAUCAAGACCUGGGCUACCGCUUCGGGGUGAAAGUCGGCACGGUGGCCAAAACGGUACACCGCAUGGUCAACAUCAUGUCCUCUACUCUGGUGCCGACCGCCGUCUUCUGGCCGUCCAGAGCGGAGCUCCGAAAAAACCUGCCCACUGCUUUGCGCGCAAGCCACCCGGACUGCGCCGUCAUCGUAGACUGCUUCACUGUACCCCUCGAGGAGCCGGCUUCGACGGUAACGGAGCACGGACAACGAGAGACGACCCUUCCUCGCGCCGAGGGAAUGGCACAGAGUCACGGCUCGCUAAAGUAUCUGAUCGGCGUGGCUCCGCAAGGCGUCGUGACUUUCGUGUCGCGGGGCGCGCCUGGAAGCAUCAGCGACAGGAGCCUGGCCGAGCGUUGCGGGUUUCUGUGCAAGCUUCUCCCAGGCGACGUCGUGCUGGCCUGCCGCGACCUGGACAUCGCGGACUCCGUGGCCGCCCGCGGAGCUCUGCUCCAAAUCGCCGGCAAAGGUGAAGCUCGCGCGAGAUCGGAGGGCUCGCCGGGGCCCGACGCCGCGUCCGAGACGGUGGUCGUGCAGAGGCACGUGGAGCGGGUGAUCUCCAUGGUGAAGCAGAGGUACACCAUGCUCACAGGACCCGUCGAGAGCCCCUUCAGCACCGCCUGCGAGCGCACGUCCAACCUCUCAACCUUUGAUAAGAUUGUGCAAGUCGCUUGUGCCUUAAACAACCUGUGUAUCUCUGCUGCUCCGCUUGAGUGACUCGUACAGAAAGCAAUGCACCACUAAAAGCUGCUCUCCUAACUUUUUACUGUUUCAGACUUCCUGUCACGUGUCUAGUAGGAAAAUUACAUUUAUUUUCACCAAAUCCCAAUUCAGUCACUCUUGAUUAAAAACACUAUUCUUGAACGUGGCACUAACAAUUGCUGACAUGUUAAGUCGAGGAAUGCAACCUUUGGUUUGGCGAGUAGAGGUGGUCCACAUGGGUCUUGUUUUUCAAACGGUGCCACUUUCAUACAUUUCAUACUGUUUAAAGUCCCUUUAAUAAAAUGCCACAGAAGGCUCAGGAGUGGGCGGAGCCAGGAGUGAAGUCAUCCCUUCAUUCCCUGUUUUGGCACAUCACCACUAUUUGUUUUUGUUUACAAGACGCACAGUUGGCUCUUAUGAAAGUGACACGAUGAAAACUAGAGAAAACCGUUAUGAAAGGAACACAAGUCAACUUUUUUUGUGUAGCACAUUUCAGCCACAAGGUAAUGCAAGGUGCUUUACGUGGUGAAAGUAUUACAUUUUUUCAAAUGUCAUCAUGAGAAAUCAUUGUCUUAAAAAUUGCUGUAAAGACCUCAGAUGAUCUACGCUUUUCCAAUUAUUAUUAAUCAAGAUUUUCAUCAGAGUAGACUUAAGCCAGAAGACUUGAAUGGUCUUGAAGGUUGACACAACAACAGAUGUGUUUUGGUGCUAAUACAUUGAAUGAUUCAUAACUGACAACAGUAUCUUAAAGUCUACUGUCUAAGCUACAGGGAGCCAGUGUAGGGACUUUAGAGCUGGGCUGAGGGUUUUUAUGCAGACCUGUUAGGACACGUAGGCGUUUUACAAUAACACAUUUUGCUCGACAAUAAAUUGUCCCAGAAGUUAUUGCGUUAAGCAAUAAUAAUGUUGUUAUGAGAUCAUUUUUGCGCAAUGUAAAAGCAAAGACAUAAUAAUGCGAGCACACUUGUCAAAGAUGAAAAGACUGUCAAUUCUAAUGAACGUUUUACACCGGAACUAGAAGACAUUUUAAAUAUCCAAAAUAAACGAACAGAACUACAGAAACAACAAAUAAAAUGGAUUAUGACGUAGAAAGAGACACGAGAAAAACAAUCAUGCAAUUGCAAAUUAUUGAGCUUGAUUUAUUGCUUAUUGUGGCGAGCCUAAAGACACUUUCACUCAUCAGUUCAACUAAAAAUAGAUAGAUAGCAUUUAUUGUCAUUGAACAGAAUUCAACGAAAUUUCCAUUGCAGCUCCCGUGCAAAA